UCCAAACCUCGAUCUAGAUCCUUUUGCAACAUAUGUCUGGUCUGGUCCUCGCUGGUUUUCGGUGCCACACUAGUCUUUUGGCUGAUCGUACCCAUGUCUACGGGUCUCUACAAGGCGAUUUCAAAGUUGCGCGAUCCCCAUCUCAACUUACUGGCAAACGCCUCUUCGGUGGAUGACCAAGUCAUCAGACCUCUUGUAAACGAGGACCAGACCUUUGACAUCGCGGUCAGUGUGUGGUUGCGGGCUCGCGGAGAGGAGGAGAAGAUUUGGAAAGACAGUUUGCCACUGAAUUCUGCCUCUGAGGACUCUGCUGAUGAGCGAGAAAGGCGCUUGAGCGAAGAAAUACUCGAGGUUCCCCUCUAUUCCGACAUCGUAUUUCGUGGACUUCAUCUCUCGGACAGGCACAUAACGGCGGACGUUAACUUCCGUCUUCCGACAGGAAAAUUCCUCGAUCAAAACCUGACGGUUACGGACCUCCGUGGCUCGUUCGUGCUCAUACCUUCCUCCCCGUCUCCCCUCGACUACCUCGUCAACUUCUCAACCUCGUGGCCAAGGUCCAUUUCGCGGCUUCCACUUCGCUCAUGGCCAUUCCCUCUGGGCUCUGAUGAUACGAGCUUAGCUCGCACGCUUGCGGACGAAGCGGUAGAUUCUUUCGGCUGCUCGACACCAUUGGUUCAGUUUCACGAAAUUUAUCCACGUUGUGCCAUGUCUGGAUCAUCCGCACUACUUGAUGCAGAUAUUCCGACAGUCGGGGAUGUGGUAAACGAAGACGAAGACGACUCUGAUGAUCAGAGUAAACCUGAGCGAGUUUUGAAAACGCAUGGCGACGACAAACUCUUAUCCGUUCCCGCACGAAAAAUAAAAAUAGCUGAUAACGAUCAAGGCCAGCCAAUAUAUGCGUAUACAGUACCCCAUCCACACAUCGUCACCCGCUCCCAGCUUCGCGUAGUGGAAGAGAGCAGACCUUUCAAUCUCAAGGCGUAUAACAAAGCUCACAAGGAAUUACAAGCGACAUACUGUCGCGUCGCCGGUUCUUCAUAUCCUAGUCGGAAGUUUUGUCGCAGAGCCUACAAGUCUAACGGCCACUGGGAUACACGAAUGAAGCUUGAAAUACCUCAAGAUGAUAGUGACAGUGGCGCGAAGGUGAAUCGGACGGAAUGGGUGUACUCACCUUUUAUGAGCCCUCGCCAAGGAUCUGCUGGUCAUCUGGACUUGAUCCCCGUACCCGUCAGCAGGGAGAACUGCACAAUUGCAGGCAAUGAUACAAUUCCGGCGGCAAAUCUUCCAAAGCAGUACGAAGAGUACAUGAAUAUCACCUGGCGAAUCUCCUUUUCCGGUCGAACUCCUGGCAAGCUAACUCUCGGAGAUGUCCUCGGGGGAAUCUCCGCAGGGAGUCUUUUCAAUCAAACCGAAUACGAAAAACAACAGGGGCAUAGCCGGUCUGAAAUCCUGAGUACGCGCUACGGCGAGAUGGGUUUGCAGGUCAUCGAUUUUAUGAAGACGCCCAUCCGAGACGUCGAGCUAUGA